GAGCUGGGGGCUGGACACCUCUCAUAUCAAACAAGAACCAGUGGCUGCUGAUCGAUCUUGGAGAGAGGGCAGAGGUCACCGCAGUGGCCACGCAGGGUGGGUACGGGAGCUCCAACUGGGUGACCAGCUACCUGCUGAUGUUCAGCGACAGUGGCAGGAACUGGAAGCAGUACCGGUGCGAGGACAGCAUCUUGGGCUUCCCCGGGAACACCAAUGCUGACAGCGUGGUGCAGCAUGGGCUGCGGCUGUCCGUGGAGACGCGGCACCUGCACUUCCUGCCCGUGGCCUGUAACCCUGAGAGCAUCGGGAUGCGCGUGGAGGUCUAUGGAUGCACCCGCAGAUCAGAAGUGAUUGAUUUUGAUGGAAAAAGUUCCCUGCUUUACAGAUUUGCUCAAAAUACCAGGAGUCCAGAAAAAGACGUCAUUUCUUUGAGAUUUAAAACGAUGCAGAGUGAUGGGAUUCUCAUCCACAGAGAGGGAGGCCACGGGAACGGCAUCAGCCUGGAGUUAGUGACGGGGAAGCUGCUUCUACACACUGGUUCAGGUAACGUGAGCCUGCACGGGCACCCCACCCUCACCGCCUCCCGGGGGCUGGUGCUGGGCAGCCUGCUGGACGACGAGCACUGGCACGAGGUGCUGCUGGAGCGCUCCGGCCGGCACGUGAGCCUCAUGCUGGACAGGCACUCGCAGCACGUUUGGGCAUGUGGAGGUUGGAGCCUGCUGGGCCUGGACCACGAGAUCAGCUUUGGGGGGAUCUCAGCACCUGGAAAGCCGGUGACGUUUCAGAGGAAGAGCUUCCGUGGAUGUUUAGAAAACAUUAAUGUUAAUGGAGAGGACGUCAUUGACUUGGCCAAACGGCACAGACCACAGGUCCUCGUUACGGGAAACAUCUCCUUCUCCUGCUCACCCCCACAGACAGUGCCGGCUACGUUUCUGAGCACCAGGAGCUACUUAGCACUGCCUGGCACCCCUGGGGAGGACGGGGCUUCGGUCAGCUUCCAGUUCCGGACAUGGAACAGUGCAUGGCUGCUGCUGUCCUGCCAACCUCGCCCAGACUCAGGGGGUCUCCUCCUCAACCUCAAGGAUGGGAGCCUCAAGCUGAGUGUGCACCUGCCCCCAGGACAUGCACAAA